AUGGCGAUGAUGAUCGUCACCAGGGGAAAGAUUCUGGAAGUCGUGGUCCUGGCGGCGCUGGUGGCCAUCGGAACGGCAGCGCCAGCGAUGUGGCCCGGUUCACGGGAUGGCUUUGAGUGCCCGCCGCCCGGGUUUGACUCGGUCAAGGGGCUGGACCUGAGAAAGUACGUGUCGGCGCCGUGGUACGUCCAGGAGCAGAUGCCCGUAGCGUACCAAUCAGUGGAGGACCUGUAUUGCGUACGCGCCAGAUAUGUGCUGCAGGACGAAGACGACCUCACGAAAGGCAUCACCGUAUACAACUAUGCCAACAAGGGCGAAGUCAACGGUCCAGCGGAGGGCACGUCCGGCACAGGGGGCAGCAGCUUCCAGCUGCAGGCGGUCGUUCCGGAUCUGAAUGACGCAAGCAAGCUGCUCGUGGGUCCGUCAUUCCUCGAGAAGCUUCUCGGAGAGGAACUGGCGGAGAGGUUCUACGGCGAUUACUGGGUGGUGGCAGUGGGUCCGUCCAGCAAUGAGACGUUGGGCUACGACUGGGCCAUCAUCAGUGGGGGGCCCCCAAGAACGCGAGGCAUGGAUGGAUGCAUGACGGGCAGCAAAUUUCUGGACAGGUUCCAAAUCAACGGCGCAGGCUUUUGGCUGUUUUCCCGGAAGCCGGUGGACCCUGAGAGCACGGAAGCCAUGAGGAAGGUGGCCAAGGAGAAAGGCUUCGACCUGUCGGUUCUGAGGAAGGUAGAGCAGGAGGGCUGCAAGUACGAGGGCGCUCUGUAG